AUGAAUGGUCAUGGGUAUGACGUCAUAGUGACUUUGUCACCUUCCCUUCAUACUUGUUCACUUAAUCCUGUUUUCGUCCCUUUUCUGGUCAAAAUAAAUCAUGUAAAAUAA